CUGUGUGACUUGAACCACGAAAUGGCUUUGCACGCACAGUGUCCGGACUCUCAGAAGGAGAUUCCUGUAGUUGUGAAACUUAAUGUAGGUGGUAGGCAUUUUGAAACAAGGCUUGAAACAUUGAGGAAAUAUCCGGAAUCAAUGCUAGGAGCUAUGUUUAGCGGCCGGUAUGAAUUAGAUGUGACCGAUGAUGGACAGUAUUUCAUUGACAGAAACGGUGACUACUUUGAACAUAUUUUAGAAUUUCUCCGAGACAGCACUUACCUACCACCUAAGGAUUUUCUUUCUGCAGUUUUCCGAGAGGCUGACUAUUUUGCGCUUGUUGAACUCCGCGAUAAGAUAAUGAAGUUGCCACCAAUAUUUCCAUUUUGCGGUGACAGACCUGACCCAGUUCCAAAUUACAUGGAAAUUAAGGAAAAGAUGAUAAAAGAAGCACGUGAUUUCGUGAAAGCUACAGCACAUGGACAAACAAUAGUAUAUUUACUUUCACUGCAGGAAGAAGAAGAGCCGGCACCUGAUUACGUGUAUUGCAGUGAAAAACACCAUGUAUUAAAAAUCCCUGCGCCUAUAGAUGAUCUGGACGGUUUAUUUCCACGCGACUUGAAUGAAAUUGAGGGUAUUCAAGAUGAUAAAGCAAUUGAGUUUAUCGAAGAUGCUCCACCUGUACUUCUUCUAAAGGCCGACAACAAAGACCAAGCACUGUCUGUUUCCAAUUGCUUAUUUUAUGAUUUGAAGAAACAUGGAUUUGACAUCAAAAUGGAAAAUGAAAUCUGUACGUCUAAAGGUGUUUUCUCUGAAUUUGGAUUGAAAACAAAAGCCUUUGGAGAAAUGGGAUGUAAACCAUGUUAUCAGCAUAGCAAAUUCAUAUUUCUCUGGUAAAGAGGUUAUUGCGUGAUGCUAUUUUGAUUGGCAAAUAGCACGCGAUUUUACAAAAACCAAGUUGAAAUGUUA